UCUGCAGCUGGGCGGAUAUAGGGAAUUGUGCUACAUAAACACGCAGCUAGACACGCUAUCACACAGCUACAUUCCACUGCUUGAGAUACAUUUUAGCAUUUGUUAAUCUUCGCUGCUUCAGUCCAUAUGCCAGCUGGCAUUCAGUAACCUGAGCUAGAGAUAUACCUGGAACCCGAAUAAGGUUAGUGUGACACGCUGGCCGCACGCACUACUUGCUGCUGUUCACCUGUACAAGCAUGGGUUUAGGCAGACAUAAGCUGGUAUUGUUAGUCCUGGUUCUCUCCGUUACAGUCCUUCUCUACCUGCUUCUCCCUUCUGGACAACCUGAAGAAGAUGGGCACAAAGCAGAGAUCCCCAGAUCAGACCCCCAGAACCCCAUGAACAUCACAGUGCGCACUGCAACCUUGACAGGGGAAUGGCCUACCUUCUACAGGGAGGCGAUGCCACGUAACGCAAUGGAAGGGGCAGAGAGGUUCACCGUGCUCCUGUUACAUGGUCAAGCAUUUACUUCAAAAACAUGGGAGGCUCUGGGAACGUUAAGCAUCCUCGCGGAACAUGGAUACCGCGCUGUGGCUAUUGACUUACCAGGUUAUGGGGAGUCUCUACAUGCGCAGCCAAUGUCCUCCGAAAAAGGCCGUACUGAUUAUCUCCUGCAUGUCAUGGAGGCUCUGAGCACACACCACCCCGUCCUCAUCACUCCCUCCAUGAGUGGUCUCUUCUCUCUACCGGUUCUCUUGCAGCACCCAGAUCGUUUGCGAGGGUUCGUUCCCAUUGCUCCUGUUGGAACGAAGAGCUUCAAACCACAGCAGUACCAGCAGAUAAAGGUGCCCUCCCUCAUCGUGUACGGGACACUGGACACUAACCUGGGCAGCCAGUCCCGGGAGAGCCUGCAGCUGUUGCCAAAUCACACCCUGAUCCCCCUAAAAGGGGCCGGACACGCGUGUUACUUGGACAGGCCGGAAGAGUUUCACGCAGCGCUACUGAUGUUCCUGAGCAAGUUGUGAUCCCCCAGGCCAGGAAAUCUGGAGUUAUUGGGGUAAAACUGGUGCCCAACCGGUGAAGGGGGUAAAAGAGAUCCUCUCCGCUUGCAGUGUUUGCUCUUUUUGUGAAAUAAGAAGAGAUGAUGCGUGUCCACCUGGGGCAGAAGACUUUGAACUUUGGCCUGUGUAUAUAUAGAGGGAGAUGGGGGGGGUCUAUUAAAUUAUUGCAUGGGUGGGUUUUGGAGAAACAUUAACGCAUCUGGGUGGGUGUGUAGAAGACACUAGGUGGGAGAAAGGCCAAGAUGGAAAGACUAAAAGGACCACAUUACUCUGAUUCUCAUGAUAGAACAUGCAAACUUUCCAAACGAUGAAUCCCUUCUUCCUCCUGGUAAAUCUCAGCGAUGGACAACGUUUGAUGAGCGGAUCACGUUAUGCUUAUACCUGGUACAGGGUUAGUAUGGGAAGCCACAUCUUUAUAACUAGAAUGCAGCUAGAUUUUUUCUUUUUCUCUAUAUUCUUUUUUUUUUUUGCAUCCAGAAUUCAUUGCAUUGAUCUGUUGUUUCUUCCCAAUGACGUAUACGCUUCACGAUGUAUGUCUAGGAAUUAAUGGCGGGCCACGUCAUUCAGUAGUGAGGUCCGUAUUAUGUGUGGUUUUCAUUAAAGGAACAUUUUCAACUAAA